GUGGGCUCUAUUAUUCCAUUUAUAUAUUGCAAAUCCUGGUUUCUGAAGAAUGUUCCAUAUGCACUCUGGCAAAAAAAGAUGGGAUUAUAGUUGUUCAAUGAAAAGGUCGUAUUCUCAAGAGGGUUCUUGUGUGUGUGUAGCGUUGCCUGUCUCUCAAACACUCGCUCUCUCAAUCGCAAAGGGAAAACAAAAAUACUAAGACUCAUUCACCGCCACCGCGACUCUCCGCCAACGUUCGCCGCCCUAGCUGAGACUACUCUCUGAGAUUUUUCCCCAUUCACCAAGAUGGCUGGAGUUUUAGGAUUUGCGAGCCUUCCACCCAAGGCAAAAAAUUUCGUAGUUGCCGGGGGUUUGACAGCAUUUGUCUUCGGGACCUACUUCUACACCAUGAGAGCUGUUGGAGGUACUGAUGAGCUGCAAGUAGCAAUUGACAAGUUUGAAGCUGACAAGAGCAAGCAAGAGGGUAAUCCAAGCGUGCCAUCAAAGGUCUAGAGAUGUUUUCUUGUGGAACAAAAACAAUACUUUGUGCGUAUGUUGCUUUUCAGCAUCAGGAGAAAAAAAUAUUUUCAAUCUAGUGCAUAAUAAGUUGAACCAGUUUUGUGUACAAAAACUGUGGUAGGGAAAUUACAAUUGAAGUUCUUUUUUAGCCUUGCUGAGAUAUUUUGUUGGCAACACAAAUCUUGGAUCAUUAUACAUGUAAGUGAAUCAAGACAAAAUGCCAUUACAAACU